AUGGGCUCCGUGGAUACCCAGUGUAACCUAACGAUUUUUGGCCACCCAACCACUAAAAUUAACACGCAGAUGACCCAGAACGGCAAUGGGGAGAAAGACAAAAAAACAAAAACCGGACCGACCCAAACAGAGGGCCAGCAUUCGAGAUAUCUUCCACCAGGCGCAAGGAGGCCGCCGACCUUGAGGAUUUUUCUGACUACUCAGGGGAUUUCUACCCAGAUGACGCCACUAUCAGCCUACCUCCAGAGAGACCCCAACAACUGUCACCAAGCUCAGCGGCAGCAGAACCGGUCACGACAACGCUAUUGA